AUGAGACGAAAGCUGGAGGGUCUCCAAAACCCUGGUGUUCAAAUAGCCAGUGAAGAAAACCUUGUCGACCUGGAAUAUACAGACGACAUUGUUCUCAUGUUCGAAGAGGAGGAGAAGGCGCAAGUAUUCUUGGAUGAACUGACCGCAAAGACGCAAGCAACUAGUGAAGAGCAAAAUAUGGCCAAAUGUGAGGAACCAGUGGAAGAGGUGGAAAGUGAAGAGCAAAUUGCCAUGGCAAAGGAGGCUGAAAAACUGGAGCAACAGCAGAAAAGGCUGAAAUUCCUGCAGGAUCAGUUGGAAGAACUAAACCAAAGAGAGAACGAGGCUGACCAUCUGGUUGAGGAGGAGAACCAAUUAACACGAAUUCUGGCGAGGUUAGACAAACUUGAGCUGCAACUUCGCGCUCUUGAAGAUAAAUAUAAGCAGGGAUUCAGCAGGCGUGCUCCGUUACGUCAGCACAACGCAACCCUUAGACGUCGGUCAACUGCUAUUCAAAGUGAGCUAAAGUCACAGUUGGAAUGGUUGGAGAGAUUCGUCAGUCAGUGCACGCAAGGAGAGAAUUCGGAGGAUAAGGCGAAUUCGGAGGGUGUCGAAGCCGUGCGAAAAAUCGUUGAAGCGGAUUUGGAGAAAGAAAAGAAGUUUGUUCUCGAGUUAGACAUUCUUUUGGGGCACGAAGCGGCCGCUCUGUGGAACGACAAAGAGAGCAGUUGGAUUCGAGAGGCAAGCAGCAGAUACAAGCUGUUAUUACAGCUUUUGGAGAAUUGUCGACACAACACCAUGGCUCGGUUAGAAGAAGUUCAUCGUAGACAGCGAGAAGAACUAAGGUCGAGGGAAGCCCUUUUGGAAAAGGUCGAAAAGAUCAGAGAUGAGCAGUUCCCAAAAGCCAAUUUACAACAGCAUCAAUCGUCCCAAAAUUGUUGUAACCCACCAGAAAGGAUAGUAGACGGUUAUCAGUUCCCACACAACCAGGAUUCAAUAUACAAGGCGGAGAGAGCUUAUGAGGAAAUAUUGCAAAAGGAGGCCGACAGACUAAAAGCCACUGAAAUUUCGACCCUCCACCCUACAAAGCAAAAGCCAGGUUUACCCUAUCCAUACUUUAAACCCGGAGGUAACAUAUGGUAAAUACUGAACAGCUUUGUUGUGUCAAGCAUAUUGGAAAUGACAGUGGUGCUUUACCUGACCGUCAAGAAGCUAUUGAGUAGUCCUUGAAGCAUACUCACUUUACCGCAGUGGAUUCAUUUGGAAUCAUUUUCAUUGCUAUUGUUCCCUUAUAUUGGCUGUGAUUUAGAUGGUCAAAAAAG